CCGCCGUAUUGGGAUCGGAUAUAGGAUUAGUUUAUUGGACCUGGGCCUGGCCUAAUAAAUAAAUAAAUAAAUAAAGUAGUUGACAUAUAUAUUUCUCCUCCUUGACACACAUUUUUUUGUUGCUUUCUUCUCCGACUCCAAACCCUAAUUCGUUUUUCUAUAUGUGCGCCUGAUGAUUAUCCGUGAAGCAAAAUUUCCGGGCAAAUCUGAGGUAGAAGGAAACGAAUCACCCUAAAUCUUUCAUUUGACUUACUGAAUUCUCUCUUCUCCUUCGAAUUUCGAUUGGAUUUACCGUUAAUCUGGAAAACAAAAAAUUUGUUCGAAAUGCCGAUGACCUCGAUGAAUCACAUAAUUUAUCUUAGUUCAGACGAGGAGGAUGCUAAAGUAGUCGACUGCACUGCUUGGUUAGACGGAGUUCUGGAAACCUCCGACGAGAAACCCAAGGGCACUGGGCAUCGGAAAUCAAAUUCGUCGAACCCAGAUGAAGACGGCGACGACGAUUGCGUGGUUCUAGACGGUGAUCCUUACAAGACGACGGAAAAUGAGUCUGCAUUUGACACGUGUGAAGCCGAUGAUGAAAUCCUUGUAGUAGGGCAAAAGGGUGAGAUUGCUUGUAGAGACUUUCCUCAUCCGCGACAUGCCUGCGCUAAGUACCCGUUCAACUCCAUAUCACACGAGAAGUACUGUGACAUGUGUCACUGUUAUGUUUGUGACAUCCGUGCUCCGUGUCCUUUCUGGAGCUACGGUAACUCCAGCCUUGCUCACUGUCAUGCCAAUGAUAAAGAACAGAUAUGGAAGAACCAUCGUGAAUGCGUCAGGACCGGAGAGAUCCAUCCACGGCCUGCUUCGAACGUAGGCCAAAUGCAACAGAUUUCACAGUCUCAGUCUAUACGAUCGUCUCAAAACACUCUGUAUUCCCCUGCAACCCAGUUUGGUUUCCGGGCUUGCUCGGCAUCUACUACGGUUGCGACUCGGCCACACACAUACACCGGAACCGAGCAAUCAACAGCCUUUCCGCAGAACCCCUGGUUACCGUCUCUUCCUGGCCAGUUAUCUCAGAGUCACAGAGGCGGCUCUUACAAUGGUUACGCAAGUCCCCAAGUGGUCUCCUCCAACUCAUUCACAUGGACUCAGAGACCAAGCAGAGGCGCUAAUCUUCCCGGAAAUGGUGUACAUAACGUCGCACCAGUCUCACAAUAUACCGGUUACGCUCCUCCUGCUGCUUCUUUACAACAAGUCAAUUCACGGCGGAACGUUACUGGUCAUAUCUCAACCGUGCCAGAAUCUGAGAGCAAAGUCUACGGUAGACAUUUAAACCGGAAUAUGUAUACUGGUAUCUCGCAGACAAGUGCAGUUCCGUCUGAGAAUCUUAAUCCUCCGGCGAAUCAGCUACAACCAGGAAAAAGUAACGCGAAAGUACUGUCGGAGAUUGAAGACUGGCUCAUGGACAGUUCGACCUCGACCGAUCCGGUUUGUCCCUUGACUGGUCAAGCCAAUUCUUCGUCACUGCGAUUCGAUUUCGAAAGCUUCUUUCAAUGAUUGGAACAUUUAGGAUAGUCUUUUGAUUUUUCUGACUUAAUUGUAGAAUUAGGCUCUGUACAGAGUAGUAUCAGCCAAGAGCUUUUGGUUAGGACGUUAAGUCUGCAGAAACAUUUCGAUAUCAGUCUCUUUUUUUUUUACUCUGAUUUAGAUUAAUCAUUUCUAAAAAUUCGUUUCAUGAUACAAAGUAUUGUUCUGAUUUGUAAAAUCUUAUAAUGAUGUAAUAUAUUGUGUCAAUUGGCUAAAUAGCCUAAUUUUGACCGUUUUCAGAUAGUGUGCAAUGACCUAACUAUCCUCUUGUGAUGGGCAGUUGAUACCCUGCGGAAGGGAGAGAGAGAGAACGGUGCGAAGGAGAGAGAAAGAGAGUUCCGGCACGAGGAAGAGAGUGUUUUGGCGAGAAAGAGAUGGAGAGAGACGGCGAGAGGGAGCUAGAUUUUCGGCGGCGGAGAGCCGGAGAAAGGGAGACAUAUCUUCGGCGACGAAGAUCCGGCGAGAGGAGGAGAGAGGACCGAUCGUCGGAGAGAGAUAGAGAUCGGCCACGGAGAAACCUUGCCGAGAGAGAGUAGAGAGAGAGUGGAGAGGGCUAUAUCGUAAUUACUAUAGGUUCUACACUUCAGUAUAACUUUUGAUGCAAAUACUGAAAUCGUUAGGGUCAUUUAGUAUAGUUAAUACAUUUGUGAUUCUUUUACGAGGCAGUGAUAAAUUAGCUGGUUAUUGUCCAAGUAUACUAACAAAGGUAAAAAUAGAUUCCUGUCAUUUCUUUUUUCUACUAUAUAUACUCAGAUAAAGUAUCUUUUAUUUCUCAUUUUCCCUAAUAAUUUUAACUUUUCUGUAAAAUAAUUUUAUAUUUGAUUCUAUUUCUA